UCCCUCCCCCUCUACGGACCGCGCUUUCCUCCUCGCGGCUUCCCCUCCCCGGGGCGGACAUGGACAGGAGGGAGCGCGCUGCAGAGCAGCCGCCGCCGGGGCGGAUCUGAGGCGGGCGCGGGCGGCGGGCUGGAUGAAGACCUCUGCCGGCCGCACUGUGCGCUCCGCCGGCGCAGCCCGGGGGCCGCGGGGGCUGUGAGCGGGCCGGAGCCGAGAGGAGAGCCGCAGGCGCUCGCGAGUGGAUUGCCGGAGCAGGGCGGGGAAGGAGAGAGAGAAGCGGGGGUUGGCUUGUUUUGGGGUUUUUUCCCCUUGAAUCCGUUCAGUGGAUUGCUACCAGGGUGGAAGAUCAGCGGGGCUUUUUUGUGUUGUUUUGUGUUGUUUUGGGAAUAGAAACUAAAAAUGGAGACUGUAAGUAGAAGCAGCUUCCAGCCUCAUCCAGGACUGCAGAAAACCUUGGAACAGUUUCAUCUGAGCUCUAUGAGCUCCCUGGGUGGCCCUGCUGCUUUCUCGGCACGAUGGGCCCAGGAGAUGUACAAGAAGGACAAUGGCAAGGACCCGGCGGAGCCCGUCCUGCAUCUGCCCCCCAUCCAGCCGCCCCCGGUGAUGCCGGGCCCCUUCUUCAUGCCCUCGGACAGGUCCACGGAGAGGUGCGAGACCAUCCUGGAAGGGGAAACCAUCUCCUGCUUCGUGGUGGGGGGAGAGAAGCGGCUUUGCUUGCCCCAGAUCCUGAACUCGGUGCUCAGGGACUUUUCCCUGCAGCAGAUCAACUCGGUGUGUGACGAGCUGCACAUUUACUGCUCCAGGUGCACGGCUGACCAGCUGGAGAUCCUCAAAGUCAUGGGCAUCCUGCCCUUCUCUGCCCCCUCCUGCGGGCUCAUCACCAAAACCGACGCGGAGCGGCUGUGCAAUGCCCUGCUCUACGGGGGCACCUACCCGCCGCACUGCAAGAAGGAGUUCUCCAGCACCAUCGAGCUGGAGUACACGGACAAGAGCUUCAAGGUGUACCACGAGUGCUUCGGGAAGUGCAAGGGACUCCUGGUGCCGGAGCUUUACAGCAACCCCAGCGCAGCCUGCAUCCAGUGCUUGGACUGCAGGCUCAUGUACCCGCCGCACAAAUUUGUGGUCCACUCUCACAAGUCCCUGGAGAACAGGACUUGCCACUGGGGCUUUGACUCGGCCAACUGGAGGUCCUAUAUCCUCCUCAGCCAGGAUUACACUGGGAAAGAGGAGAAAGUUAGACUGGGCCAGCUCUUGGAUGAAAUGAAAGAGAAAUUUGACUACAACAACAAAUAUAAGAGAAAAGCACCCAGGGUCCCUUCGGAUCCUCCUGCUUCCAAAAAACCCAAAAUAGAUGACUCUACUUCUCAGUCUCCAAAUUCAAGUGAGAAGGAAAAGCAGUCCAGCUGGUUACGGUCCUUGUCCACUUCAUCUAACAAGAGCAUUGGCUGCGUCCACCCCCGUCAGCGACUCUCUGCUUUCCGGCCUUGGUCCCCUGCUGUUUCAACAAACGAGAAAGACCUCUCAACACAUCUUCCCACAUUGAUGCGAGACAGCAGUUUUUAUUCCUACAAAAGUUUUGAGAGUGCCAUAGCUCCCAAUGUGGCACUCGCGCCUCCUGCUCAACAGAAGAUUGUAAGCAAUUCCCCAUGUGCCACAGUGGUGUCACGGAGCAACGAGCCACUGAACAGCCCUGCCCAGCCCCGGAAAAGGAAGCUGCAUGCAGACACCCCAGCGGUUCCAGAACCAGUGGCCACUGUCACCACCACCGAAGAGGACAAGGAAUCAGAAGCAGAAAUUGAAGUAGAGACCAGAGAGGAAUGUAAGUUUACCUCCUCUCUGUCCUCGCUGUCCUCCCCAUCCUUCACUUCAUCCAGCUCUGCAAAGGACAUGAGCUCGCCGGGAAUGCAACCCCCAGCCACAGCCAGCAACUCUUUUGAGGUUGCAACCCAUGCUGACUCUCACAGCAGUGGAUUGGAAGCCGAACUGGAGCACCUACGGCAAGCUCUGGACAGUGGUCUGGACACUAAAGAAGCCAAAGAGAAAUUCCUUCAUGAAGUUGUUAAAAUGAGAGUUAAGCAGGAGGAGAAACUAAAUGCUGCGUUGCAGGCUAAACGCAGCCUACACCAGGAGCUGGAGUUUCUGCGUGUGGCAAAGAAGGAGAAGUUGAGAGAAGCGACAGAAGCAAAGCGCAACUUGAGGAAAGAGAUUGAACGCCUCAGAGCUGAGAAUGAGAAAAAAAUGAAAGAAGCCAACGAGUCGCGGAUACGGUUAAAGCGGGAACUAGAGCAAGCCCGCCAGAUCCGGGUUUGUGACAAGGGAUGCGAAGCAGGCAGGCUGCGGGCCAAGUACUCUGCCCAGAUCGAGGACCUACAAGUUAAGCUUCAGCAUGCGGAGGCUGAUAGGGAGCAGCUCCGAGCUGACCUGCUGCAUGAGAGAGAGGCUCGGGAACACUUGGAAAAAGUGGUCAAGGAACUUCAGGAACAGCUGUGGCCUAAAUCAAGCAAUCAACCCAGCAGUGAAAACACAACAAACAACAUUGAGAACUAAGAAAACACCACAUUGUCUAAUACACAUACAGAAUGACGUAUAUGCACAGUAAGGGAGGAUGCGUGGGGUGUGCGUGUAAGUGCAUGUGUGAGGAGGUGUGCUCAUCUCCGCACACAUCCAUAAAUAUGGACUUUAUUAGAUGGAGGGCAAAUGUUACUCUUUACAACAGAAGCACUGAAUUACACCUCUUUUUCAAUCCAUAUAGCACAACAUCUUACUGUGCCUAAAACACACGAAGUGUUUAUAAACUAAAACUUUUGAGUCCACAGCAAAUUUUCUACUGGCAGACUUCAAGCAAGCAGCAUCAUCCAACUUAAAUCAGAGUAAAAGGAAAGCAAGCAUGGCAGUGCUUUUUUAUGUUGCCCUUCUGCUUGCUGGAACACUUAAAAA